UGGAUGCUUUUAGUUCUUUUCUUGUCUAAACGUGAGGUCUACAUAUUUGAUUCUCAACAGAAGAAGAGAAAUUUGAUGAUUAAGGAGCCACUAAACAAUGCUUUUCGGAGUUACAAGAGACUAGGUGGACAAUCUAAGGGAACUAAAUUAACAUGGAUUCCAGCACAGUGUGCUCAACAACCGGGAUCACUAGAUUGUGGCUACUACGUCAUGCAUUUUAUGUACGACAUAAUAAUGAAUCAUGGUAAUAGUCAAGAUCUUACUAAGGAUUUUUCAAGAACAUUGCCUUAUUCACCGGAGGAGAUUAAUGAGGUGAAAGAUUUUUGGGCAGAUUACUUCAUGAACAAUGUCGAAUUUUUAGCUUAAUUUGUAAUAUGAACUUGAUAUCUAGCUAGCUACGUACCUUUGUUGUAAUAAUUUUAUGUUUGUUGUAACAUGUUGGUUGAUCUAUGACGAAUUUAAUUGCCUUUUAUUGGGAACGUUAAUUACGUUGUAAACUUUUGUGACAGGUAUUAUUUAUAAAUGUA